CCAUCCCCACCACCACAUGGUCUACUCUCCGUCUAUCGUUGGCUGGCCACGGUGAACACUGAGCCGUGGGAGGAUAAUUCCCAUUCCCAAAUAAUCGCAGUGAGUUGUCAACCAGCCUUACCUUGCCCAAAACCGGUGUGCUGGUGUAGGUCUGCUGCGACACUCCGACAGGCGCACCCACACACCGCGCGCCGUAUCCGGUAUAGUUUAGCGAGAUCCACCGUUCCUACUGGCUCCCAUCUGGGUCGCUAUGUACCAUUCUUUGCCAUGUAACUACCGAGUAUAAACUCAAGUAAUUCCUCGACUGGAGAGUUGGAGAUGUUUAGAAAACAUCAUCAAUAAUCCACACAGACGAAUAGGUAGAGACUCUGCUGGAGUCGGUGCACUCUAAGAUGGGAACAGCUAGUAAACCAGAAGGCGGGUACCCAGGCUCGCCCAGUGCCCAGCGCGAAGCGACCAUCAAGGAGAUGGAGAAGAUGCUUGAGCAACCGCCGCCAUACACGGUCGAUUCUUCUGCGAACAGCGGUGGUCCUUCGUCCUCAACAUCUAAUGGUGACAAUGGACCGACCGAGUCCCAACGGGCACCAGUUCUCGAGAACCUUGAUUUUGAGCCAAGCCCGCUCGAACUACCUACAGCUGGACAGUGUAUCGCGCAUCUAAAGCUUUUGCAUGCAUUUGCGGGUCUCAGAAAAGAGAUAGGAAAUCAGGAGGGGAUAUAUGGUAUUCAGACUGGGGGCAAGGCCGGGCAGGAAGGUGAAUCGUCCUCCAGCAGUGACAACCAUCAGCAGCAACCCGCAGGAAUCCAUGAGCAAGAAUCGGCUGGUCCACAAACAACGAACGAAGACGCAAUUCCCACUAAUGAUGUCUCCAACGAUCAGGCUCUCGAAGAACGCUUACGAGAGAAGAGAUGGACAGUCUUCGUCACUAAAGCUGUCAACCGAUUCGAGAAAUGGUGGGCGGCUCUAGAAAGUCCAGCAGGACAGCCUCUCUCCGACCUUCGCACAGUCAACUUUGACUACGACAGUCGAACUUUUCAGAAUUCGCCGUACAGGAUCUACAAGGGUAAAGGGUAUACGCUAGGGAAAGGCGAGAUACCGUUGCCUCCUUUGGACGUUCUUUUGGUGUGGCAUGCAUACAUGCUGAACCCGAGAGGGUACUUUGAGGAUUGCAUUCGUUUGUCGAAAGAUUUCCUGUGGCAGACCAUCUUCCCCUGGGAGACUAUCUAUAACUCCAUCGACAAUGAGACAUACGUGUAUACACGGAACGAAGCAACCACGGACACGUUCUUCAACAUGACAAAUUGUCCCUGGGACUUCAGGCAAGACAACAGCCCUAAACAAAUCGAUUGCCCGAAAUGCAGCAGACGAACCGCCGUUCCAUGGACGAACCCGCCCCAAUCCACCGCGACCAAAGCCCUGGACGACUAUUUGUCCCACGACGAUGGCUUCUGUGGCAAAAGCUUCAACUACACAUGUCUAUGUGGUCUCGCAAUCACCCACGAGAAGCUGCGUGUCGGCAAAUUCAUCGAAGACGUAUGGCAAUUGCAAGACUACCAGCGGCCGAUGCCGGGCACCAUCCUCAACUCCAUGGGUCUCCCACAGAUAACUAGCGAGAAGAAAGCCGUCUCGAACCACGAGCCCUUCUUCCCUAACCGCGUCCUCGAAGAAGAAGGCAAAUUCUUCCACGCGAAAAUGCGGAGAGACGUCGAGAAUUGGGAUAUCAACAAGCUGAAACUUGAGUUCCAGAGAGUGAUGAAAGACAACAGCAAGCUGAUGAGAAUCAACAGCCAGCAAUUCAAGCCGACCAAGAUCGCCAAGGAGAGCGCGAUCGCGGUACGGAAGAUGUUGAGCAACUACUGGGACAACUCAAGCGUGUUCGGUCUGGACCUCGUCGGUGCGGUCAUCCGUCAAUCGAGUUUCGUGCAGAAGAUGGUCAAGAUCAAUUGGGUUCGCAGCCCUGCGGCCGUGGCGACCAUGCAGCGCCUCAUCGUGAAGUACCACCGUUUCGUGCGAAUCAUCGGCGAGAACCCCAAAAAGAUUGCAGUGCCGACGCUCGAUGUUGACUUGGCUUGGCACACACACCAGCUAACCCCCCGAGACUACCUCUCCUACACCCUCGCCGAAUGCGAAAAGUUCCUCAACCACGACGACAAGAUCGCCGAGACCUCCCUUAACGACUACUUCCAGUGGACUACGACCGUCUACGAGAAGAAGUACGGUCAGCCCUACUCCGAGUGCGCGUGCUGGUACUGCGAGUGCACGCGCGAGCCGCUGCGGUCCUCCUUCUCCAAUCGCUUCAGCCUGCUCCGCAGCUCCAAGACUAACGCCAUCGCUUCGACCUCCGACCCGUUGCUUCCCAAGGACGCCGCCACGGGUAUUCACAUCAGCGCUCACAAUGCCGUCAUCCAGUUCAAGAACUUGCCCAACCAAGACAGCCAGGCCGCGUGGGCGAAGCAGCGAAGAAAGGAACUCGAGAACCUGGAUCUCCAGUACGCAAAGGUGUGCAAGCGGUAUCAGAAGAAGAAGAAGGCGGAUGAGGCGCCGAGGAGGGACAAUAGUGACGCUUACUACUACAGCGCGUAUGGGUAUCCAAUGCCGAUGCCAAUGGUCGUGCCGUACUACGCCGCGCCGACGGAUGACGGAAACAGGUACUCGACAGCGCAGGCGUCGGGCGGAGGAGGCGGAGGGUCAUGUGGAGGGGGUUGUGCUGCCGGGACAUGUGCAGAAAGUACGUCCGUUGGCAACUGUGCUGGGGGAGUUGGGACACCGUAUUGCCAGGCCAGCUGCGGUGGACAUGGCAGUGCGGGUGGCGGCUGUGGAACUUGUACGAGUGGUGGUGAUGGCGGCGGCGGUGGCGGCGACGGAGGAGGCGGUGGUUGUGGAGGCGGUGGGGAUUGA